UGACAACAAAUAGGCAUACACCAAGGCUGGGCUAUUUUUUGUUUUUCUUUGGUGGUAGUUUUGGUUGUAGUCUAUGGCUUGUAAUGCUCCCCUCUCGAACCUAAUUAUUUAUUAAAGCUUCAACCAAGACUGAAGCACAGAUGGAUAAAGUUCUGCUGCUUUCAACACUUCUCAUUUGUAUGGUUUACUUACCAGAUAUGUUAAACUGCUUUAAAAAAUAUCCUAUGGAAAUCACAGGAUAUGAGAAAGACUGUGUUAAUUAUAGUUGCCGCUACACCGGAAAAAUAGAAGGGUAUAUUGGAGUCCACGAACUGAUUUUGGAUCCCAAUGAAUGCAAACAGAGAAUAGCUGUUCGCGUUUGCCCAAGGUGGGAACGCUGUUUUAAUGGCUCUGCGCCUUGGAUACCGUACUGUGAUCUAUACGUACAUUGCUGGGAGCCGGAAGUCUGCGCUGAAACGAACAAUUUCCCCUGCUACUGCUCAGGAACUUUGCCUGUUAAAUUCAAGUUUUUCUCUAUGGCAGAAAAUGCUUUAUAUCGGCUUGAAGCGACAGACCCAUUUGAUUAUGGAAAAAUACUUUAUGUCGGCAAUAUAUUCGAUUCAUCAAUGAAACCAGAUAAUUGGGACCCAGUGGACAAUCUUGGGUUCGCCUGGAGGGAAAAAGAUUAUUCUCAUUCAACCAACGGAGAACAACAAUUACAUUCAGAGUUUGCCUUCUUGGGAAUCGGAGCUCUAUGUGUCCUCCUACUAGCCUAGAGAAAACUUGCUCAGGAGUAUUCCAGAUAUAGCGGCA